AUGAACCAGCAACUGAAGAAACGGGCAAAGACGAGACGCCAGAAAGGCCUGGGUGGAAGAGCCCCCAGUGGGGCUAAGCCCGGGCAAGGCAAGGCAAGCCAGGACCUGCAGGCGGAAAUAGAACCUGGCAAUGCGGUGUGGGCCUUAUGUGAUGGCUGCGUGUGCUCUGAGCCCGGCCCUGAGGCCUUCGGAGAGGACGAUUUCUCGGACUGUUACAUAGAAUGCAUCAUAAGGGGUGAGUUUUCUCAGCCCAUCCUGGAAGAGGACUCACUUUUUGAGUCCUUGGAAUACCUAAAGAAAGGAUCAGCACAAGAGCUUUCUCAAAAGGUGCUCGAAGCAAGCUCCCUUCUUGAAUGUCCUUUGGAAUACAUGAAAAAAGGGGCAGAGAAAGAGCUUCCUCAAAAGAUAGUUGGAGAGAGUUCGCUUGAGUAUUCUGAGUACAUGACAGGCAAGAAGCUUCCGCCUGGAGGAAUACCCGGCAUUGACUUAUCAGAUCCUAAACAGCUCGCAGAAUUUGCUAGAAAGAAGCCCCCCAUAAAUAAAGAAUAUGACAGUUUGAGCUCAAUCGCUUGUCCUCAGAGUGGAUGCACUAAGAGGCUGAGGAACAGAGCUGCCCUGAGAAAGCAUCUCGUCAUUCAUGGUCCCCGAGACCACGUCUGUGCGGAAUGUGGAAAAGCGUUCGUUGAGAGCUCAAAACUAAAAAGACAUUUCCUGGUUCACACUGGAGAGAAGCCGUUUCAGUGCACUUUUGAAGGGUGCGGAAAGCGCUUCUCUCUGGACUUUAAUCUGCGUACACAUGUGCGCAUCCACACGGGCGAGAAACGUUUUGUGUGUCCCUUUCAAGGCUGUAACAGGAGGUUUAUUCAGUCAAACAACCUGAAAGCCCACAUCCUAACGCAUGCAAAUACGAACAAGAAUGAACAAGACGGAAAGUAG